AAUAAGAGCGCUCAUGAAAAGAAAAAGUUUAGUUGAGGGCGGCCCUUGUUAUAGUGCGAGCUAGCUCGUGAUUUCAGAACAAAAGUGGCGCCAAACAGAGUGUGAGGAACUAGGGUUUUAGAAAUGGUUAUGGAAUCGAAAUCUCCGAGUUGUAAUUUAGGGGUUUUAGAUUCUUUAACUCAGGAAUCGAUUUCUGAGAUUUUAGUGAGUUGGGAAAGUUUUCGAUUGAGUACUGAAACUCUACUUAAAGAUACUGGACAUCUAUCAAUUGGAUCAGAUUUUGUUUCCACUGUACAUAUUCUUUCUAAACAUGGUUUACAAUCUCUCCUUCAAGAUCAUUUUCUUCAAGCAUUAGAGGAAACAUUUGAGAGAAAUGGGGUUUUAAAGUUUUGGCAGCAUUUUGAUGCUUACAGUGAUCUUGCGAUUCCAGAGACGAACCCAUUCGAAAUGAAGGAAGAGAGUGUUCAGAGAGUAUUGUGUAAAGCUUUAGAAGAGAUAUGCUUAGAAAAGCAGUAUCAAGAAAAAUGUCUUUUAAUGCUAGUUCACGCUUUACAGUCAUAUCAGGAUGUUAUAUCCAAGGGAAGACAUCCAUCAGAUGUUGAUAGAGUUCGUCUGCUUUCUCGAUACCAAUUGAUGGUGUCUUCGGUUCUUAUGACUUCCCUUCCUCGCCAUUUCCCUGAGAUACUCCGCCUGUAUUUCAAGGAAAGAUUGGAAGAAUUAAGCACAAUGAUGUCAGGAGAAUAUGAAGAUGGUAAUGCCAAAGAUGAUAUGGAUGUUGAUGAAACUUUCCGUGAGAAGAAAAUCUCUGAGAACAACAAAUUAGUAAAAAACAUUGGGAAAGUUGUCCGUGAUCUUAGAGGUCUGGGAUUUACGUCUAUGACUGAAGAUGCCUAUGCAUCUGCUAUAUUCUUGCUACUAAAGAGUACAGUUCACAAUUUGGCUGGUGAUGACUAUAGGAAUUCUGUUUUGGAGUCAAUUAAAGAGUGGAUUCAGAAUGUUCCUCUCCAAUUCCUGCGCGCCCUCCUAGCUUAUCUUGGAGAUUCAGUUAGUUAUGAUAGCCCUACAUCUGGUCUCAAAUCACCAUUGGCUUCACAUCCGUCUUCUUGCUAUCCUGGAAUCAAUACUCCCUCUGAAGGACUUGUCAGAUGGCAAUUGCGCCUUGAGUAUUUUGCGUAUGAGACACUGCAAGAUUUAAGGAUAGCCAAGCUCUUUGAGAUUAUCGUGGAUUAUCCCGACAGUUCUCCUGCAAUUGAAGACUUAAAGCAAUGCCUAGAAUAUACUGGCCAACACUCAAAGCUUGUUGAUUCAUUUAUAUCUGCUCUAAGAUACCGCUUGCUUACAGCUGGUGCCUCAACCAAUGACAUUUUGCACCAAUAUGUUUCAACCAUCAAAGCACUCCGGAUAAUAGAUCCCACAGGUGUUUUCCUUGAAGCAGUAGGUGAACCAAUAAGGGACUAUUUAAGAGGAAGGAAGGAUACAAUUAAAUGUAUUGUCACCAUGCUUACUGAUGGACCUGGUGGAAAUCCAAACGGGCCGGGAAACCAAGGGGAUAGUCUUCUUGAGGAGUUAAAUAGAGAUGAAGAUAGUCAAGAAAAUACUGGCUGUGAUGAUGAUUUCAACUCUGAUGACAAACAAUCGUGGAUCAACGCCGAGCGGUAUGCACUCUCUCUAUAUAUAUAUCUUCAUUUAUUAGUGUAUAUCUUUGUAUCUGAACAUUCUUUUUACAUUGUUGGUGGUUGGCUCUCCUUUUGCAGCUGGGAGCCUGACCCAGUAGAAGCUGAUCCAUUAAAGGGUAGCAGGAAUAGAAAGAAAAUUGACAUACUUGGGAUGAUUGUUGGCAUAAUUGGUUCUAAAGACCAGCUAGUUAAUGAAUAUCGUGUUAUGCUGGCUGAAAAACUUCUAAACAAAUCUGAUUAUGAAAUCGAUUCAGAGAUACGUACGUUAGAACUCCUCAAGAUACACUUUGGAGAGAGCAGCAUGCAGAGGUGUGAAAUUAUGCUUAAUGAUCUCAUUGAUUCCAAGAGGACAAAUACAAAUAUAAAACAAACUUUGGCUCAAUCGUCCCAAAGAGAUGGUGAGCAAGGAGAAACUGAAGUCUCUCUACAUCAUGUUAACGCAACAAUCAUAUCUGCAAACUUUUGGCCUCCAAUACAGGAUGAAACCCUUAAUGUACCAGAAGCUGUUGAUCAUCUACUUUCUGAUUAUGCAAAAAGGUUCAAUGAAAUCAAAACCCCUCGCAAGCUACUAUGGAAGAAGAACCUUGGUACUGUGAAGCUGGAAUUGCAAUUUGAAGAUCGAGAGGUGCAGUUCACAGUACCUCCUCUGCAUGCUGCAAUCAUUAUGCAAUUUCAAGACCAACAAACUAGUUGGACCUCGAAGAAUCUUGCUGCAGCUGUUGGGGUACCCGUGGACACACUUAAUCGGAGGAUUAAUUUCUGGAUAAGUAAAGGAAUCCUUUCAGAAUCACUUGGAAAGGAAUCUGAUAAUCACGUAUUUACACUUGUGGAUGGAGCGGCCAGGAAUGGUGUUAACAGUGCAAACUGUGAGGAGGCAGCUGAUGAGGAUGGAGAGAGAUCCGUGGCCUCGGUUGAGGAGCAACUACUGAAAGAGAUGACUGUAUAUGAGAAAUUCAUCUUGGGUAUGCUUACUAAUUUCGGAUGCAUGUCAUUGGAUCGGAUUCAUAAUACUCUAAAGAUGUUCUGUGUGGCGGAUCCUCCGUAUGACAAAUCACUCCAACAGCUGCAAGGCUUUCUUUCUGGUCUUGUAGCAGAAGAAAAGUUGGAAUUAAGAGAGGGAAUGUACGUUCUGAAAAGAUAGUGAUGUUGAUAGGUUGAGUGCAGCCUUGUCUUUUAAAGACACACUUAAUUUCCUGUGCUUUCGGAAAUGUUCGAAAGAAUCAGAAUGAACCCAUGAUUUCCAGCACAACUUCAUGCACCCCAAUACUGGGUUUCAUACAACACAUUUCAGGUUGGUCACACCUUUCUACGCCAUUCAUAAAAGAUUAGUUUUCACUGUAAUCUGAUUAUUGCUCAUAUAAGUUUGUAAAUAUUCUUCAUUUUACUGUAUUAUUUAACCGCUAUAAACUGCUAAGCAAAUAAUUUUGGUUUAACCUACUUCAUAU